CCAUAAUUGUCACACUACACUACCAGCCACCAUGGUAUCCAAAAAUCAUUUGUUUCAUAUUUCAUUGGCAAUGCUUUUGUGCAUGGCAUUCUGGGCUCUUCAAGUCUCAUCUCGCACUCUCCAAGAUGCCUCCAUGUAUGAGAGACAUGAGCAAUGGAUGCUUCGUUAUGGAAAAGUGUAUAAGGACCCUCAGGAAAGGGAAAAACGUUUCAGGAUAUUCAAGGACAAUGUGAAUUACAUUGAAGCCUUCAACAAUGCUAACAAUAAACCCUACAAGCUAGGCAUUAAUCAGUUUUCAGAUCUCACCAAUGAGGAGUUCAUAGCAUCAAGAAAUAGAUUCAAGGGCCACGUGUGUUCCUCAAUCACAAGGACUACAACUUUUAAGUAUGAAAAUGUAACUACAGUACCAUCCUCAAUAGAUUGGAGACAAAAAGGAGCAGUGACACCCAUCAAGGACCAAGGCCAAUGUGGAUGUUGCUGGGCAUUUUCUGCUGUUGCAGCAACGGAAGGAAUUCAUAAACUGAGUACUGGAAAAUUGAUCUCUUUGUCAGAACAAGAACUUGUUGAUUGUGACACAAAGGGUGUGGACCAAGGUUGUGAAGGUGGUCUUAUGGAUGAUGCAUUCAAAUUCAUCAUCCAAAACAAUGGACUCAACACAGUGUUAAGUGUGUAGUCUAAGUUCUAAAAUUGAAGUAGUCCCACAUUGUUUAGUUUAACUUACUUAUUAAGUCCCACAUCACUUAGUUUGUAAUGCUUGCCUCUUCCUUAUGCUAUAUAUAUAGAGGCACCUUGUAAGGUUUAA